AUGAGUGUGGAAAAUACCGAAAUGUUGCGAAAAAUGACAUCAUUUCAAGAAUUAGCCACCGCGGAAUCAUCACUAUGUACCUCGGCAUCAUCUUCAGAUUUACCUGUAAGUUGUAUGACAUCAGUUCAAGACGAUUUUGUCGAAUGCCAAACGAAAGAUUCUACUGCCAAUCAUUCAAUUAAUUGCAUGAAUAAAUCGGAUAUUGCAAAUGGCGACAUUAUUGCUGACAAUAAUCCUUCUAUUCAACUUGAUAUUUCUACGCCAAAAAAGCAAAUCUUUCAAAUGUUUGUUGGUUUAGAAGGUAAUGUUAAUACUGAAAUGUGGCACAGUACUCCUGGCCCAGAAGGGAUUCGUGGUAGAGCAAUUAUGGCUAGAAGAUUAUCAGUGACAUCUCUAAAUUCGCUUACUUCUGUAGAUUUAGCACAAAAUCAUGAAAGUUCUACUGUAUCGUUACCAGUUGGUGACAAAACUCCUUCAUGUAAAUUAGCAGAAGAUUUAUUAAAUAUGUACCUGAAUAACAUUGAUACAGAUGUUGUGAUCAAAACUGAUAAUGGAGAACUAUUUGCACAUCGGUCUGUUAAUUGA